AUGGCUCAAAUUUCCACUGCAAUUUCGACUGCUAAUAAAACCGCCUCUACCACAACCCCCCAAACUAAUAGUGCAAUGGAUAGUCCAAACGCCGUUCCUAUAAAAGACGAUUCAUUGGAUUUAGAGAGAUCUUUUGAGGUGGAUCUCAUCACUGAAGUCAAAGUAAGAAACCAAGUGGAGAAUCCCUACUUAUGGAAAGUUAUAGUGGGGAUUUUUGUGGGUUCAUUGGUGACUUUAACCAUGUUUGCAUUACAACAAGAUGGAUGUUCCGAAGGGUCAAUGACUCCAUGCAUGCCUCAAAUAAGCUUAAAAAUGAACAGAGGAAAGUCCAAUGAAACUCAAGAAUUGUUAAGCAAAAUGCAAGAUGCACUCAAAACAUUGUCAAUUUUUGCUAAAGACUUUGGCGUUGGCAACAAUAAUAACUUGGUGUUUGAAGACAUUGAUCAACUUGAACAUGUGAGUACCUUUGAAGAGGGAAACAAAUUUAUGUUUAAUUACUAUGGCUAUUGUCGUACUGGAGCCAGCACCAAGGGAGAAACCAAGUGCCUGAAUACUAACGGGUUAAACAUUGGGGCAACAAUGAUAUAUGAUCUCGGGAACCAAUUGGCCAAGUUAUCACAUGUGUCUCCUAAUGAAUUGAUUGAUGCAUUUCUUAUGACGUAUGGUCAAUUAGUUAGCAGUUUAAGCUCGGUCUAUAAGAAGCAUAGGGCCAACAUAAAGGGUUUUGAUGAUGUGGAUGUCACUGGAUUACUGGUUACUGAACGUCUACAAGGGUUCUAUGAGUACAGUAAGAUAAUGUUGGUACUCUCUAAAAUGGUUAUAGUCAUUUCACUUAUUAUGCCUAUAAUCCUCGGCAAUGUGAUACUUCUGUUCGGUGUUUCAAUGCCAUAUGCCGCCAAAACCAUCGAAGACAUAGAUGAACACCACAUUCAAUCACCGAAGGGCACCGGUCUCCUUUGGUUUAUCCAAGCUCAUUUGAGAAGAGUCUUGUACUUGGCGAUCGGACUCUUUGUAUGGGAGACACUUUGUCUUUUGGCAAUAAUGUCGUUGGACAUUUAUGUCCAUUGGCGACUUGGGAACUUUGAACAAUCAAAUGGAAUCUUUAAUGUUUCAUACGGUAGUGGCUUUUAUCUACUUCCUAUUAUCAUUGCAUUGUGUAGUGGGAGUAUGUUCUUCUUCAUACUGGUCUUAAAAAAGAGAUGGGCAUAA